AUGUCUGAUAUGAUGUCUUCAAAAAGUGCUAGCAACCUACCUCUUCGAAGCAAUAUUAGCUUCUGCACACUGGGAAUGUUCAUUAUCGAUGAGAUUGAGUUUCCAGCCCCUCGGCCACUACUAAAAAACAUCAUCGGAGGUGCUGGUGCCUAUGCGGCUGUUGGUGCGCGAAUGGUAGUGGGAAAGGAACAUUCCCGGUCAGUUAGCUGGAUAGUCGAUGCUGGCUCUGAUUUCCCUCCUGAAAUACGACACAUAAUUUCAUCAUGGGAUACCUCCUGUGUACUGAGGGAGUCUUCAGAAAGACUAACUACACGGGCUUGGAAUGGAUAUGGCCCGAAUGAGAAAAGGAACUUCCGGUAUCUUACACCAAAACUUCGCCUGGACCAUAACUCUCUUUCACAAUCUCAGGUAUUCUCCAGAUCAUUCCACAUUGUCUGCUCCUCCGAGCGCUGCUGUCAGAUUGUCGAGGGGAUACUUCAGAGACGGGAAGAGAUUUUGCAAAGCAAGCAGGUUGAACCAUCUAUUGCCGAGCAGCGUCCAAUUUUUGUGUGGGAGCCGGUGCCGGAUUCCUGCCACCCAAAGGAGCUUCCAAUGUUCUAUAAGGCUCUGAAAUAUGUAGACGUAGUCAGCCCGAAUGACCUUGAAUUCGCUGCCAUGUUUGGGAAUGAAUCAUGGAAUUACGGAAAUAGCAGUGACCGAGCCAUAGCGGACGCCAUUGUGAAAUCCGGAAUUGGACAAGACGGAAGUGGAAUACUUGUGGUCAGAGCAGGGAAGGAUGGCUGCUAUGCGUUCUGCGGAGACCUUUCUUUGCAUAUUCCAUCGUAUCGUGGUCUGAAAGUGGUGGAUCCAACAGGCGCCGGAAAUGCUUUUCUUGGAGCCCUAUCUCAGGCGCUCGUUAGCAUUGACCGAAAUGCUCCUGAAGCUGUUGUGGCUACACUUAUGGAAUCCGAAGAAUGGGCGUCCGUUAUCAACGCAUGGGGAGAGCACGGGCGGAUUCCGGCAGCAUUGGUUUGUGCAACUGUGGCGGCUAGUUUUGUAAUCGAACAAGUAGGGAUGCCGAAUAUAUCCUAUUCCGACGGAGAGGAGGAGUCAUGGAAUGGCGAAAGUUUUAGAGCACGGCUCCGGCUGUAUACGAAUCAACUUCAUCACACCAAGGCCUUGGAAAAAUAG